AUGGAUGUUGAAAUAAGUGAUUUUAGAAGGAUCGCAACCGUCAGCCCGGCGACCGCCGCCUGCGCUGCUGUGCUGCUCCAAGUGAGCGCCGGCCCAACUCUCCUGGUGAGCAGCGCCUCGCCGACGCAGCAACACGAGCACCACCAGCAGCAGCAGCAGCCGCCGCCGCCGCAGUCAUCCUCUUCGGCUGCGGGCGGCCGCACGUACCCGUGCGAGGCCUGCAACGUGUUGUUCUCCUCGGAGAGCCGCCUCGCGGGCCACAAGCGCAACCGCCACAAGGGCGAGCGGCCGUUCAAGUGCGAAACGUGCGGCGCGUCCUUCACCCUGCGCAGCAAGCUAUCGGUGCACCGGCGCAGCCACGGCGCGCGCCCGUACGCCUGCGACGUGUGCAGCGACACGUUCUCUCAGAUGGUGAACCUCGCGUUCCACAGGCGUUCGCACGCCAGCAAGCCUUUGCAAAGAAGCGUCGUGUGCGGCCGCUCCUUCAAGCAGGCCCAGGGCCUCGAGAAACACAUGCCCACCCACAAGGAAGAGCGGCUGUUCAAGUGCGAUGUGUGCGGCCUCUCGUUCCCGCACUCCAGCACCCUUACGUUCCACCGCCGCAGGCACACGGGCGAGCGGUCGUUUCUGUGCGCCACUUGCGGCAUGAGCUUCAUCCAG